UUCCUUACUGAGGAGUUGGCAACAGUCGGUGUAGAGACAGCACGGAGAAGGCAGCUUUACUUUGUUUCCACCUUUUGAGUUAUUUAAAAAAAUCCACUCUUUGUUUCUGAUUGUAGAUUCGAUUUUUGUGUACUAACUGAAGUAUAUACAACAGUUUUCUGUGCUUGUCACAACACAGUACGUUGUUGUCGGUCUCAUUUUCGGGAGUUUUUUGACGCCAAGUCUGCCCCAGACGCCUCCUAACGUUAGCACAGCGGCUAGCCACCAUUUGUUCGCCGAAUAAAGCCAUAGAUAAUCGUUACAUAAAUCAUGGAUCAAUCGGGAGUCACAACAGAAACGCCAAAGAGUCCCUGGGGGUCAGUGGCCCCGGCAGCUCCAGCCUGCUCUCUGGCUGACGUGAUGAGUGAGCAGCUGGCCAGACAGCUGGAUGAAGAGAACCACGCCUUCCCUACGCUCACAGAACCUGGAGCAGAUCCAUUGUCGCUGGAUGAGGUUCCCGAUACGGCCAGUGACCUGAUGCUGGCCCAGAUGUUGCAGAUGCAGUUUGACCGUGAAUAUGAUGAUCAGCUCCGCCGUGAAGAGAAGAAGUUCAACGGAGACAGCAAAGUGUCCAUCUCCUUUGAGAACUACCUGAAGGUCCACCCAUAUGAAGACAGCGACAGCUCGGAGGAUGAAGUGGACUGGCAGGACACCAGAGAUGACCCCUACAGAGCCGAAAAGCCUCAGACCACGCCCAGGAAAGGCUUUGCAGGGAAAGGCAAGAACAUCACCACCAAACAUGAUGAGGUGAACUGCGGCCGCAAGAACACCGCCCGCAUGGACAAGUUUGCUCCAGAGGUCCAUGUUGGUGAUGGUCUGGGGAUGGACCUUAAGUUGUCCAAUCAGGUUUUUAACUCUCUGAAGCAGCACUGCUACACCGAGCAGAAGCGUAGCGCUAAACUACAUGAGAAGAAGGAGCACUCAACCGCUGAACAAGCAGUGGACCCCCGUACUCGACUCCUGAUGUACAAGAUGGUGAACUCCGGGCUGCUGGAAAACAUCAAUGGCUGCAUCAGCACAGGGAAGGAGUCUGUGGUCUUCCAUGCUAAUGGAGGGAGCCUGGAGGAGCAGCCUUUUCCUGAUGAAGUGGUCCUCAAGGUUUUUAAGACGACGCUGAACGAGUUCAGGAACAGAGACCGCUACAUCAAAGACGACUAUCGCUUCAAGGAGCGCUUCAGUAAACUGAAUCCACGCAAGAUCAUCAGACUGUGGGCUGAGAAGGAGAUGCACAACCUGGCCAGGAUGAAGAAGGCAGAGAUCCCCUGUCCAGAGGUGGUGGUGUUGAAGAAACACAUCCUGGUGAUGUCGUUCAUUGGUAAAGACCACGUUCCUGCUCCUAAACUCAAAGACGCCAUGUUGGGCUCAGAGGACUUGAAGAACGCGUACUACCAGGUCCUACAUAUGAUGCGGCAGUUGUAUCAAGAGUGUAAUCUGGUUCACGCUGAUCUCAGUGAAUACAACAUGCUGUGGCAUGAAGGGAAGGUCUGGUUGAUAGAUGUCAGUCAGUCCGUGGAGCCCACCCACCCUCACGGUCUGGAGUUCCUCUUUAGAGACUGCAGGAAUGUUUCCACGUUCUUCCAGAAGAAAGGUGUGGGCGAGGCGAUGAAUGUCUACGACCUUUUCAACACUGUAACCGGGCUCCACAUCCCUGUCGACACAGAGGACGAGGCUGCAUUUAUAGCCGAGAUUGUGGCGCUGGAGAAGAGGAAUGAGGACCAUGUGCAGAAGCGAGGGAAGAAAACUUUCCCUGUCACCUCUGAGGACAGCGGCCCUCCUCUUCAACUUGAUGCUGAUGACUAACACUUGCCCUGUUCACGCUCUCUUCACAAUCCCACCGUGUUGAAUAGGCUGUAAAGAGGAGGUGAAUAGAGGCGGCCUCUGGAGGACCUGGCACCUCCCCCUACAACCCACUGGCCCCCACAGUCACUGCUUCCUUUCAACAGGCAGGAUGGAGCGCCCCCUCCUGGCUGCUGGAGUUACAUUUCAUGUCUCCUGUUACAAUUGGCCCACACUGACACAGUUUGUGUAAACAGAUUGGCUGCAGCCACCGGUGGGUCCUUCAUUGCUAAGCUUUGAUCAAACAUUUAAUUUGAUUUUAAAGACAUUUAAAUUCUAGAGGAGAGUUCAGUGUCGUGAAAGAUACACCUGUGUCUGGGUGAAGCUUAGUUAAUGGUGCAUGUGUGAAUACAUGGGUUUGAAUACAUAAUUCGGUAGCUUCAGCAAGGCAGCUUGAGUAGUAUGUGUGAGAAAGACUGCAGGAUCGAUCUACUGUUUUAAGUGAAAUUUAAAAAAAAAUCUCAAAAUACAAUAAUAAUAAAUAUGAGCAGUAAAUCAAAUUUAGGGCUUUGGCUUUAUAAAGCCAACCUCAGCUGUUUGUCCCUCUGACUCCGAGGCUCUGGUGAGGAGCAGGAAGCUCUGUCUCGUUUUCAUCUUCACACUUGAUUGUGUUGGUCCUUGUCCUCAUCGCUUUUUCUCUUGCUCUGGUUCUAUCUAUUCCAUCUCCAGGUUUGAUUUUCUCUAAGGCUGGGUAUCGUUAGGGAUGUUUGGGGCUCCUGUAGAUGCAUCACCUUAGUUCACUUAGGAUAAAAGCCAAUACAUCAGGAAUUGGUGAGCUCAUAGUGCAACGUGGAAAACACAACUCACUAAAACAUAAAAAGAACAUUUUAAAAUCCAAAGUACCAUAAAUGGUGCUUUCUCUGUGCCUCACAUUUAAAAAUCAAAACCUAAUUGGACCCUUUUCUCAUAUUUAACGGAAACGACAGAAUAUCUGUGUGAUGCGACAACCCGACCUGAAGUAACUGUUUGUUUUUUAACUAGGGAUUUGAUGAUUUUUUGACUGAGGUCAUUCUGGUUCUCCAUUUUGAAGGCCACCCCAAAACACUUAGUUCUACUCUGAGGAGUCAUUUAUAAACCUGGAACCAGUGAAUAUUUAGUGGGUUUGCUUAAAAUGUUCUUUAGCAAUUCUUUGUGUCAAAAUAGCUGCUGAUUAAUUUCCUGUCAAUUGGCUGAUCGUUGCAUCUGCGCUCAUUCCUGUUUUCAGCAGUUCAGGGUCAAAUGUGGAAAGGGAGGUCUCAGUGGUUGGUUUGGGUGUUUGUGAAAGCUAAAGCAGGGCGAUGCUUUGCUACCUGUCACAAUCAGAUGAGUACAAGGAAACCAGUUAUUCUGGCAUUGUGUGAUGAAAUAUAAAGGAUGCUGUUUGCAGUAGCUCAGAUUUUAUAUCUUCAGAUGAGAAAGUGUUUGUCUCUUGUUCAUGUUGUUGUGUUUUAAUGAGGGAACAUGCAGCCACAGAGGCUUCACAUGAAGUUGGAUAUAUUCUAAUGAAAUGCUCCAUUAUGUGUGGAACAGUCUGCAGACUAGUUGUGACAAUAAAACCUGAAGAUUAAAAA